AUGGAUGCAUUUGUGUUGCGACGCGGUGUUGCACGCGAUCCAGUCGCUCGUCUGUCGUUAUUGGGCGCAGGUCUAGAACCGAUAGCGGACGAAGACCCACUGGUCACGGAAAACUCCCGUCGGUUUGAUCGCCCGAUUAUACGACGGAAGGAAGAGUCAGCACCUAAGGAGGAAGCCGAGGAAAAGAAUUCUGUUGUCGAUGCGUGUGAUCUUCUCGGAGCGAUUAUUCCAGAACAAACGAAAACACUUGCGCCGGGAAGGCUAUUUGCUGUCAGGGGCGGUCGUUUCAAUACUACUGAAGAUUUUGAGAAGUAUAAAGCAAGAACAACAAAUCAUAUGUCAUUGGAACUCAAGGAGCGUCUUGGGAUCCCCGUUGAAAAGCCCGCUUCCGAAGAAGAGCCAUCAAAACGUAAAGUAAUCGCUGAAACUCAGGAGGUGAAAAACGACGUUGAUAAAAUGGAACGACAUGCGCCAAAUGACAAUUUUGAGCCCCCAUCGCUCUUCAAGAAACCAGAGCUGGAGCAUUCCAUACGGCAUCGAGAAAGUUGUAGAAAAGAGGCCAGUGGUGCUAGUCAUGUACGGCAGGGUGACAAAAGUGUAGAAGGACGAUUUCAGCCCUCUAGUCAGGAACGACAGCAUUUUAAACGAAGCACUGAUGAGAGAGCAUCUUCUAGUUACCGGCGGUAUGAAGAGGCACGAGUUGCUCAAGGUCGUAAGCCUGAAGAGCGAUAUCGUUCGCAUCUUCAAAAGCCCAACCAAUCUGUCAAUAAAAGCUGUGAUGAAAAACUAUCAGCAGCUAAGGGCGGGCACGAUGUUGACCGUGACCACGCUACAUACAUGAGGCUUAUGAACAUUGGAAGAUCAUCUCAUCUGAUGUCCAAUCAACGUGAUAUGCUGGGACCUGAUGAAAUAAGGUCAGCAACACGCAAUCACGGACAUAUUGAGAAUAGUCGCCCAGUAUCGUCAGAUGAAAGAGCAGUAGGAUCAUCUGUCGAGCGACCACAUCGGAAUGAAAAGCAGAGUUCUAAUGAAAAGGUCUCAGCUGGCUUCUAUAAUCAUAAAGACAAGGUUGAUCAGGUACUGCAGAGCAACAAGAACGUUGAAGAACUUCAUGCGUCAUCUACCUUCAAGUCAAGUCCACCUGAUAAGCAAAACCUUGAUGGAAAAGCACCAAUGUCGUCACGUUAUGAAAGGCAUAGCCGUUACGAUGACGAGCAUCAGCGACAUGAUCGAAAUGGAAAUGAAGCAGGAAGUAAUGAUAAUGACAAAAGACCAUAUCUCACGGAUAGAAAGUAUCAUCCCAAUCAUUUACCAAAAACCAGCGAGUCGAUAACGAGCACGAACACUAAUUCUGAGCGAAGACUGAGAUUCGAGGAGUCUGAG